AUGGAAGCGGUUGAAGCACCGGGGCUCAGAAACCAGACCUACUUCACCUUGAAGGGGUUCUCCCACCUCGCCGCUCUUCAGGUCUUCCUCUUCGAGGGAAUUCUUCUGAUGUUCCUAAUCACGAUGACAGGGAACUUUCUCAUCAUCAUCGUUGCAACCACUGACCCUGCCUUGCGCACCCCCAUGUACUAUUUUCUCAAAAACCUGGCUUUGAUUGAAAUUUGCUUUACGCUAAACAUAGUGCCCAAGAUGCUUAUGGAUUUGUUGUUGGAGAGAAAGGUCAUCUCCUUUUCUGCCUGUGCCCUACAACUUUACUUUGUCAUAUUCUUCAUCACUUCUGAGUGUUUCCUCUUGGGUGCCAUGGCAUAUGACCGAUACGUGGCUAUAUGCCACCCCUUGCACUACGCCAUAACAAUGAACAGGAGAGUGUGUCUCCAUAUGGUCAUAGCAUGCUGGAUUGCUGGUAUUCCACUUUCUGUAGGACUCACUGGUUGGCUAUUUAGCUACCCCUUUUGUGGCUCAAAGGAGAUCGAACAUUUCUUUUGCGACAUCGCUCCUGUUCUAGAUCUGGUCUGUUCAGACACAUACUUAUUCGAGCUUCUUGUGUUCGUUUCUACUGUUAUAAUUGUUUUGAUCCCAUUUACCUUGAUAGCAGCUUCUUACAUCCAGAUAAUCCAUACCAUCCUCCAAAUGCCAUCUGCCGAAGGAAGACGCAAAGCUUUUUUCACCUGUGUUGCUCACCUGGUGGUGGUGACACUGUUCUACUGCACAACUGGCUUGAUACAUUUAAAGCCAAAGUCCGGUCUCUUGGCAAACAGCAGAAAAUUGGUGGCUCUUUCUUACACAGUCGUAACUCCUAUGCUGAACCCAAUCAUCUACAGCUUACGCAACAAAGAAGUAAAGCACGCUCUGAGGAAGACAAUUACUCAAGAACAGCUCAGAACCAUAUCGCAGAGGUACAACUCCAGACCCGUUCAUGGAGUGUGGGAACACGGGUUCGUCUCCAUGAACAAAGAGGAGCUCCAUGGAGCUGGUAUGAAGACACUGAUGCAGUCUGAGGUGGAUACGAGGAUACUUGCCUGUUUUCCCAAAAUCUUAUGCGUCACCAGUUGUGUCCGACAGGUUUUCAUUCGUAUUCAAGGACAAACCCCACAGCGCGCUGCAGCCAACGGCGCCUGUUUAAACAGCGAAGAAUUGUCGAAAAACGGCUUUGCACAGAAAGUCAGCGUCCGUCACACCCCUCAGUCCAAGAGGAGAUCGUUGACCAUCGUGAAGGGUGUCACCUCCUGGCCCACAGAUGGCCCUGGGUCAGAGGCUCACGGGCACUGUGGUGAGUUCCUGGGGUUCCUCCACCUCUCAUCGUUCCUCCGCUCCUCUUCGUUCAUGGAGACGAACCUUUAA